UUCCCAGAUGAAAAGUAAAAACUGUGAUAAGUGAUAUUCAUCCCUCCCAUCCCGGAACCAUUUUUCUGAACAUUCGUGCGCGUACUUUUUUUACUCAAAAAUUAAAUUAUUUUUAUAAACGUACUGUUGUCACUGCUGUGAUACUCCCAACUGCGACGCUUUUGCACCUGCUUUUCCGAUCUGUUGGCACAUCGCUCACUCAUCCUGCAAAAUGCCUUUUGAUGUGCGCAGAUUGGAUAUCUACCGAAAAGUCCCCAAAGAUCUCACGCAACCCACCUAUACAGGAGCCGUGAUAUCCGUGCUAUGCGUGCUUUUUAUAAUAUUUUUGCUUCUGUCGGAAUUUCUCAUGUUUAUCGUUCCUCAGAUAGAUAGCGAAUUGUUUGUGGACGAUCCGAAUCAGCACCAUGACAGGAUACCAGUGCGACUGAAUAUCUCGCUGCCACAUCUGAAAUGCGAACUGGUCGGUUUGGAUAUUCAGGACGACUUGGGAAGGCACGAAGUGGGAUACAAUGCCGAAACGCAGAAGAUACCGUUUCCGGAUGGCAGUGGAUGCCGGUUUGAAACCAACUUUUCAAUAAAUAAGGUGCCGGGAAACUUUCACGUAUCUACGCAUGCCGCAGGCCAUGGAACUGGACAUCAAGAUAUUCCCAAUUUUCAGCAUAUUGUCCAUGAACUAACGUUCGGGCAUUCGUUGAACGGCAAGAACGUACCUGGAAGUUACAACCCAAUAACCAGUGUUAUGCACGCCAACGACGAUCCCACGAAUAAUCACGAAUAUGUCAUAAAAAUUGUGCCAACACUGUAUGAAGAUCUGCAUGGAAGUGUGAUUGCGGCCUAUCAGUAUACGUAUGCCCAUAGUUAUCCCACGUACGGACAGAUGAUCCCGGCCGUGUGGUUCCGAUAUGAUCUGACUCCGAUAACGGUGAAAUAUCACGAGAAGCGGCCUCCGUUUUACGCUUUCCUUACCACGAUUUGUGCUAUUGUCGGAGGAACGUUUACUGUUGCCGGAAUCUUGGACUCAUUGACUUUUUCGGCCCACGAAAUGAUUCGGAAGAAAAUGAAAUAGGAACCAACCCGUUAAAAAAUUCCAUCCAAAUGAAAUUGAUCUUCUUUCUGACCGCCCGUUGUUGUGUUUUUGAUGUUAUGGCAGCUGUAACAUUCCGUUAUUUUUGUGGUUUAAAGUUUUAUUUACAAAGCGCUGAAAACGGUCUUGUAGUACGAAAUGUUUUAAGAAGUGUGAGGUGAAAAGGUGUUUGUAUUUCAAAAUUUAUAACCCUUCUGCGGUGCAGUGCCGGUUAUUGACUCAAAUGUUGAUCGCAAAAAUUAAAUGUUUGAU